AUGUCCAGCAUUCGAGAAUGGGUAACUGUCCCUGAACCUGACUGCUUCCAGACGGUCACUGUCCCCUCUGCCACGACUCUUAGCAGUGUCCCUGUUUCAGAUGUCUCAACCAUGAACCCCAAGCAAUUGAAGCAACUCUACAACGGCGAGCGCGUCAAGGUCAUGACUUCCGAGAACGACGAACUGGUACCAGUAAGCGACGAUUACUACUCGCUUGCAGGGCUUAAGGCAGGAAGCCUGGCAAUCAAGCAUGCCAUUAAGCAGUCCGGACUUCCUGACUGGAAGAUUGAGUAUAUCGUCCUUCCAACAAACGACAUCGAAGCCGCGAGCGAACUCUUGAAGAAUCUGAACCAGUCAAUCAACGGAGGCUGGCGAAUCAAUAUUCCUCGCAUCUUCGCAAAGCCAAUAAGCUCGUACAAAGCCAUCAGCGUCGCUGCGCAUCACCUCGGGAUGAAAUCACAUGAGGUUGAUAUGGAACGACGAAUUCGCAGCAUGCUGUUUCCAAACCUUUCCGCCCCUGGCUCAAGGUAA